CAACCAGUGUUGUUGUUGUUUGGGAAACCAUCGUAACGGCUUGUCUCCGUUGAUAGACCUUUACUCAUUGAAAUUAACAUUUAACGUACUGUAGUUUUAAAUAAAUAAUUAUAUCGAAAACACUGGGACAUGACUCUACGCAGAUUUUGUCCAGAAGGUUAUGCAGGAAAGUCACCCAACGUCCCGGUUUAACUCUUUAAGAACUGGCCAAUGCACCUAGAUUGCUAAUGCAAUAACGGACAAUAACUGUGCAUACAAGACCAGUUAACCAGGCAUGUUCUUAGUUUGUUUGACACCAGAAGAAUGUAACACUUGUUGUACACUCAGCAUGAACUUUAAGACUUGAAAAUGCCAGCAGGGGAGAGUGAAGCAAAAGCAAGGACCAAGGCUCGAUUUGAAGAAGUAUUUAAGAGCUAUGCAGGUCCAUCUACUGAGAAAAAGAAAAGCACCCAGCCUCGGGAAAGUUUUGCACUUGAAACCUUGAAAAACAGCCUUGACUUGAAAAAAGAAAAUGGGGAUGACAAGACCAUCCUCAACAACACUUACAACCAAGAGGAGGGGAGCCCCCGGUUUACAAAGAACAAGUUAAGAGAGAAAACCUUAACGACAGAGAAGGUCAACAACAAUGCCCUGACUGAGGAGGAAAGACAACCAAAGACCAAGAAGAAGAAGAGAAGGGAUGUUAUUGAGGACAAAGGCCAUUAUGAAGAUCCACAAUAUAUCAUCAGCACUUCUGUUGAGAGAGAUGACACACAAACUACCAAGAUUUCAAAAUCUAAAACUAAUUUGGAGGCUUAUGAAACCAAACAGAAGCCUGAAAGAAGAAAGGCAAAAAAUGCCUCCAGAGUGCCACCAGAGUUAUCAAAGGAUGAUGAGGAGGAAGAUGAGCAACUCUUCCAAAAAUAUCAGCAACAAAUUGCUGAAGAGGAAGCUAAGCAAAUUAAAAAGAAACUAAGAAAGAAGAUUGCUGAAACAAUGUCACAUUCUACUGUGAACACAACAAAUCAUGUUUUAAAUAAUGAGUUGGAGAAGAAGAAAAAGAAAAAAAUGGUGCCAGUUACCACUGAAGGAGAAACAAGUGCAAUGUCCUUAUCUGAGCUGCAGGACAGCCAGACAGAGGAGAUCAACAGAAAGGAAAAGAAGAAACACAGGAUAACUACCUCUGAUGCAGAAACAGAGAGAGUAGAAGAGGGUGGGGAGCAGAUACUUGAAGAGGAGGAGGCACAGCAGAAAACAGAAGCAAAGAAAAAAAAGAAAAGGAAAAAAGAACAAGGAGUUAAUGAAGUGCUGAAUGACAAUGCCACAGCUGCUGAAGCUCAGCCUAGCAGGCAUUUGUUUGAUGACAACCUUGUGCUGGGGGUUUAUGUCCAUCGAACAGACAGACUAAAGACAGAUCUCAUGAUGUCGCAUCCUAUGGUGAAAGUCCAUGUGAUAGAUGAAAUGACUGGGCAGUAUGUGAGAAAGGAAAAAAGUGGUCGUCCGGUUUCUUCAUUUUAUGAGCAAGAGACAGUGGAUCAUAUUCUGCCUAUCAUGACACAGCCUUAUGAUUUCAAGAAAAAUAAGUCGACAGUCCCAGAAUGGGAUGAACAGAUUGUCUUCAAUGAGAGAUUUGGAUAUUUCGUGCAGGAAACUGAGGAAAGUCCAAAAGUAAUGCUAUUUUUUGAGGUUCUUGAUUUUAUGAGUAUGGAUGAAGCACGGGCCAACUUUGAGAUACAGAGACAUGAAAGUGGUUUUCGAAAAAUAGCUUGGGCAUUUUUAAAGAUUGUAGGGACUAACGAUGUCCUUAAUGUGGAAGGAAAACUCAGACUACAACUCUUUUGCCCACCUCCCAGAGGAAGGACGCAGCCCAACACUGUGGAGGUGUUUGAGUGGUGGAAGAAGUACCCAAGGAAUCGAUACUCAUCAACACUUUAUGUUACAGUCAAAGGCUUAAAAUUGCCAGAUCAUGUUGAUCCUUGUGUUCGCUCGAUGAUGGCUCUGCAGCAGGAGAUGGGUAGUACCUCAUACAGCGAACUUCAAAAUGAGGUCACAAGAAAGGGUGAUAACCUUCUUCAGGAGGAAAAGAGAAUUGAGUUUCUGAAGUGGAGCAGGCUGCCUGGGCAGGUUUGCCGUAUUCCAAACAAGCCUUUGCUAUCCUUUCGAGGGGGUCAGAUGGGCUGUUUCUGUGUUCGUUUCUCCAAUGAUGGAAAAAAAUUGGCAUGUGCUUGUGCUGACAAAGACGGUUAUCCUAUUGUAGUGUAUGAAAUUCCAUCAGGCAAAAUUCUAGGAACAUUUAAUGGUCACCUUAGUAUUGUAUAUGACCUUUGCUGGUCCAGAGAUGACAAGAACCUCCUUUCAGCAUCCUCGGAUGGGACUGUAAGAAUAUGGAAUGUUGAAACAUUUCAAGUCCUUGCUGAAAAGGUUCUCCCACACCCUGCAUUUAUCUACGCUGCACAGUAUCACCCCUUUGCACAGUAUUUGGCAGUGACAGGAGGCUAUGAUUGUGUGAUUCGCGUGUGGAACGUGAAAGUGAAAGAUGUUAAUGGACAGUUGCUUCAAGAAUUUGAUGGACACAAGAGCUUCAUUAACACAGUGUGUUUUGAUAAAGAAGGUCUGCGAAUGUUUUCAGGGGACAGCUCAGGUUUGAUCAUCAUGUGGAACACCUUUGUGAAUGAACGCUCACGGCGCUACCCAGCUCAGCAGUGGUGUAUUGAAAAGGAGAUACAGGAGACUGACUUAAAAGGAGUUCCUGUGAAUCACUUGGAGGUGCAUCCAAAUGGUCGUCGUUUGCUAAUCCACGCCAAGGACAGUAUUCUUAGAGUAAUGGACCUGAGAAUAUUGACUACGAAGAAAUACACAGGUGCUACUAACUACAGAGAGAAAAUCCACAGUACUUUUAGUCCAUGCGGAAGCUUCCUUUUUUCAGGAAGUGAAGAUGGGAUGGCCUAUGUUUGGAAUGCUAAUACAGGGGACCAAGUUGCUGUGUAUUCUGAGCUCGGUUAUCCAUCCCCUCUUCGUGACGUAGCCUUUCAUCCUCAUGAACACAUGGUAGCAUUUUGUGCCUUUGGACCAAACCAGCCUGUCCAUGUGUACUUGUAUGAUCAUAAAAUUGCACUGAUGGAAGCUGAAUCUAUGAAAGAACUAACUGGGUCUCGGGUUACAACAAUUCCAAAAGGGCCCAGGAUCCUAAGCAGCACUUCAGAUGCUCCCAUAUUGCAGGAUUCAACAAUGUCUUCUAUGGAUCGUUUUGCAAGUGCUGCAAGGAUUUCCUUGAAUCUGCAGCGAGUAAAACAGAAAUUAGAUUCUGUUUUGGUACCAAUGCAUAAAAACCAAUCAACGAUGGAGUACCUUUAUGAGCAACCAGGAAUAGUUCCUUCUAUUACAAAGAAUUUGACUCGGGAGGCCAGUGUCAUAAGUCCAGGGAGCAAUAAUUACCUGCGCACUGUCGGGUCAAAUCUCUCGCUUCCUGCUCCAUCAUUGCUUUCACCACACUCCAAACUAAGGCUCCCCAGCACACUGGGUGCUCAGCUGAUUCCACAGCAGUCCUCACACAACGGUGGAUUCAGCCCAGUAGGACAACGCUUUAGCCAAGCACCAUCACUCAGACUGCAGACGAGCCUUGCUAAUCCCUCAGCUUCGUUCCUUAGAGUUGAGGCAGACACCUUUAUACCAGUCCAACAAACAGUUGUGGCACUCUAUGACUACACAGCGAAUCGAUCUGAUGAGCUAACCAUACAUCGCGGUGAAAUUAUCCAAGUGUUGUACAAAGAUAAUGAUAACUGGUGGUUUGGUCGGCUGGCAAAUGGACAACAAGGCUAUUUCCCAGCUAAUUAUGUGGCUGAUGAAAGAGGGUUUGAAGAGGAGCUGUCUCCAAAUCCUGCUCCGUCUGACCAACAAGAGGCUGAAGAGAGAUCCCCAACCCCAACUAAGAUGUCAGCCGUCAUCAGCAAGUCAGGGAAAUUCAAAAUCAUCUCGGAGAAUGACACAGAUACAGAGUCCCCUGUAAUCCUCAGCCAGAAAAAGAAGAAGAAAAAAAAGGCAGUGGGAAGUGAAUCUGAAGCUCCUGUCCUAGCUCCUGAACCGUUACAGCCUACAGAUGUAGUGGCACAGUCUUCCACAGAAGUUGUGAAAAAGAAGAGACUUAAGGCACCUCUCAAACACUCUGAUGCAAGUGGGGAAACCAAUGUUGCCUUCGAACCUGAUUUUUAGCAAAAAAAGAAAUAGCCAUUACCCUCCAGUUUAAAUAACUUUUGGUUUUGCAAUUAGUAAUAUUUCGUUUGUAUAGCAGUAUCAGCGACAUACGCUACACACACCUGCGGUAUUUGAGCGGGAAUAAUUUCAUUGUUUCUGUACCACCUCAAACAUGGUAAAGUGUGCUAAUGGGUACCUGUAGGAACUGACUGAAUCUACUUGAGAAACUCCUUAGAAAAACACUAGUUUAUUCCUUUUGGAUACAUGUGGAAUUUAUUGUAAUUUGACUUAAUCACUUUUUUAUGUGGCUAUUGAGAUAUGUAAAUUGUUGCUUUCUGUUUUCUGUAGAGUGUUUAUUUUGCUGGAUAUGUGUUUAAUUCAGUGUAUGUUGUAUAUUUUUUACAAUGUCUUUUAUUUAAGAUUUAUUGAAGGACAUCUGGAUGAUCAUUUUGUACACUUGAGUGUUUUAUAAGUAUUCAUCAAGAAAUUACCCUGGCCUAAUACAUUAUGUUGUAUUAGAUGCCAGUUAACUACAUGCCACAUGCUUCUUUUUGGCAUCUUGCACAUAGAGAGUGCAGCUUGUAUAAGAAAGUGCAAAGAAAAAAAAUCUGACUUGUGGCAUCAUUUAAUUAUAGGAAUAAAUAAUUAGAGAGAGAAUAGGUAUUGUGGCCUUUGUUAAUAUCUUAUGAAAUAACUUGCUUAACUGGAACUAGUACAUAAGUGAGAACCCAGGUUCAUCAUGCUCAUCUGAACAUCUAAGAGCUUGCUCCAGUUUGGCAAGUAAGCCGAGACACCCAGGAGAGGGGCCUUUCUGUAUUGAGCACUAUAGCAAAAGUAGAGCAGGCUCUUUAAACAAUUCUGUUCAUUUGUACAGCACAUACUGUACAAACACGAACAACCUCUUAUCCAGGUAACAAAACAUGAGAAAAAUGCAUGUAUUUUAUUGUUACAUCCUAUAUGAUUACAAAUAAUAGUUGUGUAAUAUAAGGCCUGUGUUGAUCCUUUAAAAUGUAUUUUUCAAAAAUGGUAUAAUGGAAGUUUCUAACAAAAAAAAAAAUGACUUAAAAUUACAUUUAAAAAAUUGUUAGUGCACUGAUAAGUGUGUUGGUGUAUUUGUAUGUGCGUAUUACAGUAUUAAACCUAAAGGGAGAUGUUGAAGUGUUCUUUAAUCUAUUGAAGUAUAUAUAAAAUAUAUUUGUAAGAAAUAGGAAAUCGGAAAAAGGCUAAUCUAUCAAUGAAAGACAGUAAGAAACUUUAACCUAACAAGCUUGUGUUAAAGAAAAUAUAUGAUCACAGUUGAUUAAAAGGUAUAAAAU